UCAAACAUAUUCGUACUCAUACUGGGGAGAUGCCCUUUGCAUGUCCCCAUUGCCCACAUCGCUCGGCACAGAAAGGAAACCUAAACAAUCACAUUUUCAAUCAUCAUGGAAAGGGUGGAUCUGGACAGUGAUGCCCCAAGGACAAGCAAGAACGGAACUCCUGCAGGUGGGAGGGGACUUGGAGCCACCAACAGGAUGCACCAGUGUCCAUAUUGUGAAUAUACUACCUACUUCACCACUAACUUGAGAAACCACAUGAGGAGACACACAGGCGAGAAGCCAUACUCUUGCCAAUACUGUGCCUAUAGUGCUAUUACAAAGCAGAGUUUAGAAAGGCAUUUACGCACUCACAAAAGGUCAAACAUUUGCAUGCCGUUUUUGUCCAUACACAACUGA